AUGGACUUUUCGUAUUUCACAUCGGCGCCUCAGCCCUAUCAGUUCUUCGGGCUACCACAGCAAUCCGGUGAUCAGCAAGAUGGUCACUCUCAGCACACUCCUAAUCUCGACCCCUAUCCAUCACAACUGACAUCUGAACAAUACGACGCUGCCUUCGCUGCCUUCCAGCAGAACUUCCACUAUGACCCCAACACCUUCCUCGCCCAACCGCACCACAUCCCCUCCCAAUCGCAAUCUGUCUCUCCUACCAGGUCUACACUCCCCGAGUUGUCGCUGUCCCUUCCCGAGUUCGAUCACAACAACGUCCAAGUACCGCCGAACGACAUGUCCCCCGACGAAUCCAUCCCCGCAGUUGCACGGAGCAGUAGUGAGGAGAAAGACACCAUGACCCCGCAACAAAGUCGGAGGAAGGCUCAAAAUAGGGCAGCGCAACGCGCGUUUCGGGAAAGAAAAGAGAAGCAUGUAAAAGACUUGGAAGCCAAGUUGACGAGCCUGCAGCACCAGUCCGUGACACUCAAUGGCGAGAACGAGAGACUUCGUAGGGAGAUCGCCAAGUUCGCUACCGAGAACGAGAUCCUGCGUGCUACGUCAGGGUCUCAAACCAAUGGACCGACCCCGUUCAUGACUGAGCCUGAUGAGUUGGUUGGUCCACUUGGGUAUGUACCAACAGACCACUCAGGCGCGUCUUCGUCGUACGGAAGCGAUCUGAGUUCCAAGUACGCUCAUUUCGGCACGCUCAAGAUGUUGACGCUCGAUGAUGAAACUGGCGAGCCACUGCUGGGGGCGGGGGCGACCUGGGAUUACAUCCAGGCACAUGAGCUCUUUCGGAAAGGCCUCGUGGACGUUGGAGAUGUCUGCGAGAGACUCAAGGCUCUGGCAAGGUGUGACGGUCAAGGAGGUCCUGUCUUUCAGGAGAGUGAUGUUCGGCGAGUGAUUGCUGAAAGUGCUGUAGCUGGGGGGCGUGAUGAACUCAUUUGA